AUGCUGAUAUUCAUCUUACUCCCCCUCUCUACGCAUAUUUGCAGAGCCCAGGCUGACCCCAACCGUCCAAGUAUCACCCACCUCCACGCUCGCCAGGACACGGCAAACACCACAGCAUUCCUUUCUACAUCUACGGCCCAAGCUGGCAGCUGCACAUCUCAAGGCUGGGCCCUAUGUGGUACCGUUUGCAUUGAUGCUGCGAAUGGGGAAACAUGUUGUGACAACAGCAAUAGCCAUUGUACGUUAUGUGCCCCCUUGGUUCAAUGAGUAGCGAUUAAACGCUCCAGGGUGUAUGCCGGGAACCUACUGUUUCCUCGACAGUCUCUGCUGCCCCAACGGAGUGGAUCCCAAAACAUGCCUCGAUGCCAGCGGUCCUGGACCUCCCACUAGCUCCACCGGGUUGUCCGGAACCACCCCCCUAAACAAAACAUCGCCCGAGGGCCCAUCCUCAGACUCCGACGCGGGUAGGAAGUCGGGGGCACCUUCGCCCAGCACGAGGGACGGAAGCGAAAGCGCUACAGCGCCAGUCACCACCACCUACGGCCCAAUUACAGCCACCGUUGCCGGCAACCCAGUGACCUUGGCCUUCUCCGGGGAGGUCCUCCCGCUCCAAACCGUAGCCAAUCGCAAGCCAGUCUCCAGAAAGUUUAAAGAAGCCGUGUUGGCAGCACUGGACAAGGACCCAGCUACUAAAGCAUUCGGGGACCUUUUGACCCAGGCGCCAUCAGCCUUUGAGGGUCUCGGGGAAAAAAAGGAAUACUACCUCUUCGUUCCAACGUCCCAAUUCGUUGUGGACUACCUCACGCGUUCGAAAGAAAAUCCACCCCGAUUGGCCCACCGCGAGGUGUUCGUCGACCCCAAUAUGAGCCAGCAAUUCGCGGAGAAGCCCAAGGGUGGUCCGAAUAUCAAGCGCGAGUCUAUCACCCUCAAGACAACUCUGGUGGGCGAAACCAAAUAUUCCGACCUCGGCGAGGGUGAGGGCGCUCGCGUGGUCUCAAAUCCCAUAGUGAACAAGAACGGUUCUAUCCAGAUCGUCUCCGGACUCGGGCGUUUGACCUUGGUGCACCCCGAGGAGAUACCUUUUGAGGAUGGUGUCAUUAUGAAGUGCGACGGGUAAGCACCCCGCUGCUCCCAUCCCGGCCGGUGUAGCAGUAGCGGCAGCUCAGGGAGCUAACACUGCUAAAGCUUUUUCACCCUCCCACUCCCGAUUGAAGCCACCUUUGCCAAUACCAGCGGCCACUUAUGGUCCACGGCAAUGGAGAAGGCGAAUAUUUUGAAGCAGGUAUCGGAGAAACGAAUGGUGACAAUAUUCGCCGUUCAGGACUCCGCCUUGGACGAGGCAGAUCUACCCGGGUCGGCCGAGCUGAGCCGGCACAUCCACGACGGCCUUUCCUACACGCCCGACAUGAGAGAUCAGCCCUGCUUGCCCACGAGAGAUGGCGGUUCGGUGCGCAUCACCACAGAGGGCAAUGACAGAUUCGUCAACGGCGUCCGGAUCUCCACGUCCAAUGUUAUUGCCAGGAAUGGUGUCAUCCAUUACGUGGAGAAGAAGGUACGUUACACACUCCCUACUCCCGCGAAAACCCCUUACUAAGUGGGGUUUAGAUUCCUCCGGCAAGUAAAUGCCCAGACUCUAAAGGGGGUGGUCCCAGAAAGUCUGCCAGCUCAACCGCUACCUAUUCUAUGGUAGCCGUUCUUGGCCUAUCGGCUGCCACCCUUGCUGUAUAUUUGUGGGUGUAA